CAUUUAAGAGAAAGGGAGGAACAGCUGAAAAAGGUGGAGAAAUGGGAGGGAAUAAGGGUGGUGCUACUCUAAGAGUUAGAAGUGUGCGUGUGCAACUUUCAGUUGUUUGCUUUUGACUUGAAAUUUAACAGAGGCUUUGCUGAACACUACGAAGGACUCUGAAUGGAAUGGAUUUAAGAAACUGUAAUUUACUGAAACUACAGGGUGCUAGAAACCACCCGCGUCCAUGAAGGAUAUACACUUACUUUUCCUUUGCUACAGGCAGACACUGGAGUAAGGUGAACCAGGAGUUCCUGCAUAGGACGUCACUGGAGAACCAGAAGCUGAGUCUUAUGGGGGAGGUGUCCUACCUGAAACUAAAGCUGGCAGACAUGGAGGGAAAACAGAGCCAUGGGGCUGAAAGGCAGCACAAAGCAGAGGGCCUACUGAAAGAGCUCAGGAUUCUCAAGGACAAAGUGGAGAAUCUGGAGGAUCAGAAGUUACAGUAUGAGAAGAAACUCCAAUCAACAAAGGCAGAGAUCAGCAGCCUUCAGCAGCUUCUGCUCAGUAAGAACUCUGAGAUCGAGAGCUUGCACACUCAGCUGCUGGUCAGACCCUUUCUAUCCCCUGAGAGCCCGGAGAGAGAUCAGGAGCUGCAGAAGCUAAGGAGUGGAAUGAAAUCACUGGUGACUGCCAAUGAUGAAAAGGACCGACGCAUUGAAGAGCUCACUCUGCUCCUGAAUCAGUGCAGGCAAUUCAGAGAGGUCCCUCACACCACACGGCAAGCUCCACCUGCUGUUCGGUCAUUGUCAAAUGGCAGGACUCCGUCAAGCAGCAGUGAGGAAGAGGAGCAUGUACUGAUGAAGAAUAGUACAGACUCUGCCAGUGUAAAAUCUGUGGAUGUAAAGUCUGAGGUUUCCACAAGCAGUUCUUCCUCUCAACAAACAUCUGUAUCAUCCGCCCAGAAGGACAGUGAUUCCAGAACAGACCCGUCAACCUUAUCAAGUAGCAUGAAUGACCUAAAAAUUGGACCUUUACAAAAGAAUGGUCUGGAUGACAGCAGAAGUCAGACGCUGCCUGUGAAUUCCUCUCUGUCAGAGCAGAACGGGAGCGGAGACAGCAGCAGUGAAAUCCAAAGUCAAAGGUCUCCAGAUGGGAGCGAAGAUGGAGACUCCAGCCAAAGAAAGUUGGAGAAAGUUGAUGACAGCAGUUUGAGCGAUAAUUCUCCUGUUCAUUCUGCAGAGAACACACAACCUGGACAAAGAGCUGUGGGCUCACCAGAAUACAUGAAGAAUAACAGGAGCUUAAAGAGGCUCUGGGGAAAACUUCGAAGAACCCAGUCAGGAGGCCUGCAGGCAGCCGAUCCAGACGGCGGUCAGUUUAGAAGAGGGGGUCUGCGUGCCACAGCAGGACCCAGACUGACCAGGACCCCCGAGUCUUAUGACCCAGCACGUGAUCUGAAUAUUCCAUUCAGCCAGUGGACCAAGGAGCAGGUGUGUGGUUGGCUGGAGGACUAUGGACUGGGCCAGUAUGUCAAUCUCACCCGGCAGUGGGUUGAACAUGGACAGACACUGCUGUCUGCCACACCGCAGGACUUUGAGAAGGAGAUGGGUAUGAAGAAUCCGCUGCACAGGAAGAAGUUACAUCUCGCUCUCAAGGCCUUCACCACAAAGGUUAUAGAGAAAUCUUCAGAGCUGGACUACAUCUGGGUCACACGCUGGUUGGAUGAUAUAGGUUUGCCUCAGUAUAAAGACCACUUCCAUGAAGCCCGGGUGGAUGGUCGAAUGAUACAAUACCUCACAGUGAACGACCUCUUGACUCUGAAGGUCACCAGCCAGCUUCAUCAUCUCAGUAUUAAAUGUGCCAUCCAUGUACUUCAUGUCAACAAGUUCAACCCCCACUGUCUUCGACGUAGGCCAGGGGAAGAGAAAAAUCCCUCUCCCUCAGAGGUGGUGCAGUGGUCAAACCACCGUGUGAUGGAGUGGCUGAGAGCAGUAGAUCUAGCCGAGUAUGCCCCUAAUCUACGAGGCAGCGGCGUACAUGGAGGGCUUAUUAUACUCGAGCCUCGCUUCAGCUCAGAGACUUUGGCACUGCUGUUGAAUAUUCCUCCACAGAAGACUUUGCUCCGUCGCCACCUCGCCACUGCCUUCGCUGCCCUGGUGGGGCAUCAGGCCACGCAGGAGAAACGAGAGUAUGGCAAUGCCACAGGCCAUGUACCCCUCACUACCACUGCUAAAGUAAAGCCCAAGAAGCUGGGAUUCACCCAAUUCAGUCACCUCAGGAAAAGGAAACCUGAUGAAUCUGCGGACUAUAUCUGCCCAAUAGACAGUGGGGCUCGGACAGUCAACGGGGUUUCUCGCCUGCCCUCUUCAGCACUCAGGGGCCUCAGCCCCACCUUGGACAGACAGGCUGAGAGGCAGGAGCGGCUGGGGAUAAAAGCUCAGGCUAAUGGCCUUAAAGAAUAAUUUAAAAUACAGCACACUCCCCUCUCACUCACUAAGUGACUUUGUAAAUCAGUGGAAAUCUGAUGCAGAAAUGUAUCUGAGAUUAAUCCAUGUGAUGACUUGCUGGAUUGGCUGCAAAAAGCAGUGUUGUUAAUAAAUUGUGCGAAUAGUUUUAUGAAAGCUGCUCUCUGCAUUCCUUAUACAGUUGGAUUCCAAAGCUUUUACUUUGAUUUAAAAUAAUGCUUUUUCCUGUCCAUUUUGUAUGUUAUCUUCUGCAGAUUUACAUGUAUAACUUUUUCUUGUGAUAGACUGCACAAGGUAUUUGCUGACCCCAGUUACUUUAAGAAUGUCUCUUGUUCAUAUUCUGUAAGACUGACACAAUGUUUUUCUUACGCAUUACUCUUGUGCACCUUUAAAUGUGUUUUCUUUGUAAAGGAUUCUCAUAUGCGACAUUAUUUCAUACAAUCAUAUGCUGUAGUGUAGUAUAAUAAACAUGAGGUUGACAGUUUUUGUAGCAUUUUUGGAGAAAAUCAAAGCAAAUGUUUUCCCUUCUCUUCUGGUGCUUAGCUGCUUACUGUCUUUGAACAUCUUGAUCAUAUUUAGUUUUGGCUUAAUUAUAUCCUACAGUACUCAUGUGAUUAACAGGGACAGUUUUCAAAUGUACGUUUAUAUAUUUUUUUUAAUUAAAUUAAGGUAUCAACCUCAGUGUUUUAUUGUUCACUUCCUGUGAAUGGAUCUUUAGAUCUGAAUGGGCUAGAAUUGAUUCAAGACUGCCCUCUAUUGGUCAAAUAGAAAUGCAAGAACAAUUGGCACAACAUUAGUUUGGUUUGUUUGUUUUGGUGAGUUCAUUAAAAAUAAAUGCAUCAAACAAACAAUGAUUCUCUUGUUAGUGAAGAUGAACAGCUUCAAUUUAAAUUCAACUUGUUGAACCCUUGAAAAGUAUAUUAAGUGUGUGUAUAUUUAUAAGAAAAUAAAAAAUGGACAUUUCGAGCA